AUGGACAAGGAGAUUGAGAUCGAUGCUCUCGUGGUUGGUGCUGGUAUGGGUGGGAUAUAUGCGACGUACCGUCUCUCGCAGAUCGGAUUGGAUGUCAAGUGCAUUGAUAUUGCAGGCGAUGUUGGCGGAACGUGGUACUGGAACACAUACCCCGGGGCUAUGAGCGACACCGAAAGUUACCUCUACCGUUAUUCUUGGGACAAGGACGACUUGCAGACAUACCCGUGGUCAAAUCACUACCUCUAUCAGCCCGAGAUACUGCAGUAUCUUUGUCAUAUCGUCGACAAACAUGGUCUGCGGCGGUUCAUGGUAUUCAAUGUCGAGAUGACAUCGGCCCAAUGGGAUCAGGACCUCCGACGGUGGAAGGUUGCCUUGUCCACUGGCCAGUCGAUCCUGGCACGAUAUCUGGUGAACUCUCUGGACCUCCCCGGUCUGGGUGGGAUGACACGAUCACUCUUGAGGGCCGGAAAGUUGGGGUCAUUGGCAAUUGGCUCGACCGGCAUUCAGGUCAUGACGGCUGUCGCCCCAAUUGUCUCAGAACUCAAGUCGUUUCAGCGCCACCCACACGCCUACCGCGAGGAGAUAAGUUCCAACUACGACAGCAUCUGGCAGAACGUUCGCUCCUCCGCUGUCGGAUUCGGCGUGCCCGAGGUCAGCCGUAAGACCAUGGAGGCGACUCUGCAAGAGAGACGGAAAGCCUUCCAGGAAGUAUGGGACCAGGGGAACGGAUUUCGCUUCAUGUUCAGCGCGUUCGGGGAUCUCACGACCGAUGAAGUUGCCAACGAAGAAGCCUGCGAAUUCAUUCGUGGCAAAAUCGAUGAUACGGUCAAGGAUCCCCGCAAAGCAGCCAUUCUCAAGCCCCGCGACCUGUAUGCUCGUCGGCCUUUGUGUGACUCUGGCUACUAUCAGAUCUACAAUCGUGAUAAUGUCGACGUUAUUGACCUUGAGAUGAACCCCAUUGUAAGAGUUACAGAGCAGGGAGUCGCCAUGUCGGAUGGUACCAUUCACCAGCUUGCUGUGCUUAUAUUUGCCACGGGAUUUGACGCCAUCGAGGGCAAUUACCUGCGCCUCGGUAUCACAGGACGCCAUGGAAAGACCAUCCAGGAGCAUUGGCAGAAUGGGCCGACGGCCUAUGGUGGUAUCGCUUGUUCAGGGUUUCCAAACAUGUUCCUCGUCUCAGGGCCACAGGCUCCCUUUGCCAACUUCCCUCCGGUGAUUGAGAGUGAGAUCGACUUCAUCAUGUCUUGCAUCGACAAUGCGGAAAGGAAGAGAGCUGAUCUCAAAUCACCGCACGCGACUGUUGAGGUUACUCAGGAAGCCGAACUGGAAUGGUCUGCGCUGUGCGAGCGGCUGGUUGAGGGUUCGCUCUUCAAGAAGACAAACACCACCACCAACUUUUACUUCGGUGGUCUUGGAGGGUACCGCAAGUGGGUUGAUGCUGUGAUGGCUGAUGACUUACGAGGCUUGAAGUUCUUGACGUCGUAG